AUCCUAAGUAAGAGAUUACGGGCCAUACAAAAACCGUAGAUCUCGCCACUGUUAUUUCUAAACACGAUCCCAUUUUUAGACAAGUCUGGAUCUCAGUUUAGUGUGUGACUCUAUCGUCUCUUAUAAAUAUAACAUCUCCUUCAUCUUCUAUCCAACAGGGUCUGUCAUUUCAAGCAGGGUCUCUGUCUCCUUCUUCAGCUUCCUUCAUGUUUCAUCUUUAGCUUACACAGACACACAUAUACAAACACUUACAUAUAUAUAUAUAUAUAUAUAUAUAUAUAUCUCCGUCUUUCUCUCUCUCUCUCUCUCUAUAUAUAUAUAUACUGAGUUUAAGUGUUGGUGUCUGAUCGAGACUAGUUAAACAUGGCUGUUGUUGUAACAUCUAAUGGGAAUGCUCCGGCUUUCGAAGCCAAGAUGACUGUUUAUGUCUUCGUCUGCGUUAUGAUUGCUGCUUUCGGCGGUUUGAUCUUCGGUUACGACAUCGGAAUUUCCGGUGGAGUGACGGCGAUGGACGAUUUCUUGAAGGAAUUUUUCCCGGCGGUGUGGGAGAAGAAGAAGCACGUUCACGAGAACAAUUACUGCAAAUACGAUAACCAGUUCUUGCAACUAUUUACAUCGUCUCUUUACCUAGCCGCCCUCGUGGCCAGCUUCUUCGCUUCCGCCACCUGUUCCAAACUCGGAAGAAAGCCCACCAUGCAGUUCGCUUCCAUCUUCUUCCUCAUCGGUGUCGGCCUAACCGCAGGAGCCGUUAACCUCGUCAUGCUUAUCAUUGGAAGAAUCUUGCUUGGCUUCGGCGUCGGCUUUGGCAAUCAGGCAGUGCCACUUUUCCUAUCGGAGAUUGCUCCGGCACACCUCAGGGGAGGUCUCAACAUUAUAUUCCAACUCAUGGUUACAAUUGGAAUCCUAAUAGCCAACAUUGUCAAUUACUUCACCGCCACGGUUCACCCUUACGGAUGGCGAAUUGCUCUCGGUGGAGCCGGAAUUCCCGCCGUUAUCCUCCUCUUCGGUUCACUGAUCAUCAUCGAGACUCCCACGAGCCUCAUCGAGCGUAACAAGAACGAAGAAGGCAAAGAAGCCCUAAGGAAGAUCAGAGGAGUUGAAAAUAUUAAUGACGAGUAUGAAACCAUAGUCCAUGCCUGCGACAUAGCCAGUCAAGUCAAGGACCCUUACAGGAAGCUCUUGAAACCCGCGAGUCGACCACCGUUCAUCAUCGGAAUGCUUCUCCAGCUUUUCCAGCAAUUUACCGGUAUCAAUGCCAUUAUGUUCUACGCGCCGGUCUUGUUCCAGACCGUUGGGUUCGGAAGCGACGCAGCUCUUCUCUCUGCGGUUGUGACCGGAACGAUCAACGUUCUCAGCACGUUCGUCGGGAUUUACCUCGUCGAUAAAACUGGCCGGAGAUUCCUUCUUCUCCAAUCUUCCGUUCACAUGCUCAUUUGCCAGUUGAUCAUUGGAAUCAUCCUAGCCAAGGACCUUGGCACAACGGGAACACUGGGGAAGCCGCAAGCCCUAGUAGUGGUGAUAUUUGUGUGCGUUUACGUGAUGGGAUUCGCCUGGUCGUGGGGACCUUUAGGAUGGCUAAUACCUAGCGAGACGUUUCCUCUAGAGACUCGUAGCGCAGGAUUCGCUGUUGCGGUCUCGUGCAACAUGUUCUUCACGUUCGUGAUAGCGCAGGCUUUCUUGUCGAUGCUUUGCGGGAUGAGAUCGGGAAUAUUCUUCUUCUUCAGCGCUUGGAUCAUUGUGAUGGGACUGUUUGCUAUGUUCUUCAUACCGGAGACGAAAGGAGUCGCCAUUGAUGACAUGAGAGAGAGAGUGUGGAAGCCACAUUGGUUCUGGAAAAGGUACAUGCUUGCCGAGGAUGAUCAUCAUGACUUGGAGAAGAGAACUGAUUGAAAUCACUAGUCUUUCUGUUUCAUCUCCUAAUUUUUUUUUUUUAUUAUGUUCUUUAGUUCUUUCGUUACUUAUUUUGUUUCGUGGGAACAAUUAGUGUAAUAAGACCAACUUGUUGAUUCAAGUUAGGUGUUAUCAAUGAAAUUCCACGGAAAU